AGAACUAUCAAAUGACAGAUACAAAUGUCACAGUGUGUUAUAUUUUUAUACGUGAAUUCGAAGGUGUAUUACGUAGACAGCAGCUGAAGAUGAUAAAAAAUUGACGUAAAUAAUAAAAGACUUGCAAUAAAUAUAUUUAAAUAAUGACACCGACACGCGUAAUACUGAUGUCAUGUGGGAGUUACAAUCCACCAACGAACAUGCACUUGCGAAUGUUUGAAAUAGCACGUGACCAUUUGCAUCGGAUGGGAACUCAUGUAGUCGUGGGUGGUGUCAUGUCACCAGUUCAUGACAGUUAUGGUAAAAAAGAUCUAGUUGUUGCUGAACAUCGUUGUGAAAUGCUCAGAUUAGCAUUGAAAAGCAGCGACUGGAUACGUGUAAGCACAUGGGAAACACGUGAAAAUUGUUGGACCAGAACCAGAGCCAGUCUUAAACAUCAUCAGAAUUUACUGAACUCCGUGUUACAAGAUUCCGAUGGCAGCAUUAAAAAUCAUAUUGACAGUCAGGAUCUUGAAUGGAUACCAGAAAAUAUCCGCAAUGGACAAGACAGGUCUCCAAUUAAAAUAAAAUUACUUUGCGGUGCUGAUUUACUUGAGAGUUUCGGGAAACCCGGUCUUUGGGCUGAUGAAGAUAUUGAUGCCAUCGUUGGUCAGCACGGUUUAGUUGUAAUCACCAGAGAAGGAUCUAAUCCAAAUAAAUUUAUAUAUGAUUCAGAUCUUCUUUCAAAAUACAUGCACAAUAUUCAUAUUGUAACCGAGUGGAUAAACAACGAAGUCAGUUCGACAAAAAUAAGACGUGCUUUGAAACGCGGAGAAAGUAUUAAAUAUUUAACUCAAGAUCCUGUUAUCGAUUACAUCUACAACUGGGGUUUAUACGACGUAGUUACAACAACAAUUAAGUUGACAUUGUCUACGACUGACAGCAACAAUUAUUUGCACAUUGAUGAUAAAUAUGGAGGUGCUUUUUUGACACCUUCACCAAGCGAUGUCACAAUGGCGAGUCCGAGUCCAGUGGAAAUAAUCUCGAUAGAUCUUACAGAAUCUGUGAUAAAAAAAAAUAUUAUUAACUCACCUGCUAAGCAAUUAACUUGCAAUUCAAAUGAUACUGAAUGUAUGCGGGAAAAAUUUAUAAAUAUCAUUACUGAAAAUGGUAAUAGUAAAGUAAAUCAUAGUAAUGGUGGUACUGCUACUGGUGCUGGCGCUGGUGCUGUUAAAUUUUCGUACCCGGGUUUAGCGAAGCAGAUUAUUACCACUGAGACUGGAGAGUCGCAGCUAUUUCGGGAGGUAGGUUCACAUGACAACGGCACCGUCACUAAUUUUAUUCAUGACACUGAGAGUGAUUUACACAAAAGUGAUAAUAAUUUAAUGACGGAGUUGAACAAAGAUAAUAAUGAAGACAUUGAAAAUUUUGAAUCUGAACAAGAACACGAUACGUGUUUAGUAAAUGAUGAAUCAGGGGAACAUGAUUUGAAUAUUAAUGAUGAAAAAAAUGAUGAAGAAUUGAAAAUUGCUGAUUCAGUGGAAAAUAACGAUGACCAAAGUGUUCUUACGGACAUUAUUGAAAGUAGAGAAGUAUUGUCAUCACCGUCAAUCCCGGAAAUUCAAGAAAAAAACGAAGCGCAGUAUCUUGAGCUUGACAUGGAAGCUAUGGAUGACAAAAUAAAUCAAAUUCCUGUACGUAAGUGCAGUGUGGAGUCAAGCUCACGUGAAAAUAUAAAUGGUAAAUAUUUACCAGCAGUUAUUAGCACACGGAAAAGUCCGAAACGUUCGAAAAAGUUGGCUGAGCAAGUGGUGCCGAUGAUGGAUGAUGAGAGUGAAAAUAGUACAAGCGAGCAUUCAAGCAAGGAAGAGCCAAAAAAAAGUUUUGUGCUUUAUAAACAAGAAACUCGCAAAGCUUUUCAAGGCAGUCUUGAGUCGAUAGCACGUAAACCUCAAGCGCUGUCGAAAAAAUCUAAAAGCUUUGAGUAUAUAAAGGCUGAUUUAUUGCCAAAAGAACUGAAUUUAGUUGAAAUAGAUGAUAUCAAUUUACCUGAUAAAUCAUCAGCUUCAAAGUCUAGUAAAUUUGACACUAUAAAUAACGUUAAAACUAUUUUUAAUACACAAACUGAAGAAUAUUGUUCGGUAUGUUACAGUAAAGAUCAGUCUUCCGGUAAAAAUCUUUACACUGUUCACUCAACAAAUAGUUCACCCGUAGAUCCAGACUCUACCGAGUGUGAAAUAUGUAGCUCGUGUAAUCUACAAGGGGUUGAAUCUCUUCCAGAAGAGCCGCAGUGCGAGCUGUGUGAAAUUUGCGGCGACGUGGCAAUAGAUUUAGACGUAGUGCCUUCAUCUAGACCUGAGUCUGAUGAAAUUUUAGACACUAGGCUGUCUAAUCAAUCGACACCUUUCAGUAUUAAUAAACAAGCUGUCAAGAAAGCUGGAGCUGGCAAACUUGAUGAAAAAAUUUUUGAAAUAGCUGGUGAAGAAACGGACGAAGCUAAUUACGAAGAGUUAGCGAUUGAUAAAGAAGAAAGAGCUGGCUCUACUUCUAUAGAAGAGUACUCUGAUGACUCUACUCUCGACGACGUAGAGUUUGAAAUUGAAAAUUGUGGAUUAGAGAUGGAUGGCAAUCAAUCGCAGGAGGCUGCUCAGUCUAGUCAGCAUGAAAUUAUACAGGAGCAGUUGGAUGAAAUAAAAGUUACUGAUGACACAUUUAUCGAAUCGAAGCGAAUAAAUCGAGGGAGUUCGUUAAUAAAUCGUAGUGUAGCGAAGCCUGAUUACAAAAAACGUUACUCGUCAGUUGACAAUCUUCCUGGACCGAAGACAAUUAAUUUAAUAUCUCGCGAGCCAACACGAAUUGUUAAGAAAGAUCGCAUUGUUGCUGGAUCGGUUGACAAUAUUCGUGUUGUCCGGAUGAACAAGAGUCCCAACAAGCUUCGCAUGUCUGCUGAUGACGUUGGUCAAGCCAUAAAAGAAGCUGAGGACUCGCCUCAAUUAACGCGACAGUCUAGUGAAAAAUCACGAGUGGGAACUGAUACAGUUAAAUUUAUAAUCGGGAAACAUGGUUUGAAGAUUGUCAGCGACAGGGAGACGGCUUUGUAGCUAAGGAUUUAUACUGGAAUGCUCUAGUCCCUCUAGUUAAUUCCGGUAUUAACUAAUUCAAAAAAAAAAUCAAGUAAAAGAAUUUAAAAAACUCGGAACUUGAAGCCAAUUGAUAAUAAUUUAUUUUUUAUUUUUUAUUGAUAAGACAAUCGUUAUACUUGAGAAUAUUUUAUCAAUCCGUUUAAUAUAUACUAAUAUUAUAAAUUGUUCAUAGAUUUAAGAUAAAAAGUUUUAUCGGUCAGACAGUGGAGCUUCCAUUAUACAAUUAAUUAAUUUAAUUAUUUACUUACUUACUUACUUACUUAAACUAAAAGAAAGAAGAAAACUAAAAUUUUUUAAACUAUUGAAUCUAUAAAUAUUUUUCUGCUCUUGCAUUUUUAAUAGCUUGUACGC